GGAAGCCUCAACCGACGCCGGUGGAAGCGCCGGCCUGGUUGCCCCGGCAACGCAGCUGCUGUUUUCGCCGCGGCUGCACCUGAGCCUCCGCGCCUGCGCAGUUCCUCUGCCCUCGACGUCACCCCGGCCCCCUCCCUCUUCUUCCCUCCCUCCCCCCCCCGUCAGGGGGCAGCGCUUGCCCCUCCCUCAGCCUCCCUCCCCCCCUCAGGACCGGAGUGGGGCGGGGGGAGCAGCGGCGGCGGCGGCGGCGGCGGGUGAGUAUGAGAAGCCCCCCCCCCCGACCCCUCACCGCGUUCUUCCCAGCAUGCACCGCCUGGUGGGACUGACUCAACCCGCCCCUCCUUCCCCACGUUCAGUUGGUGGGGGGUCUUGACGCCCCCUCCCCCAUUUGCGUCAGAAGAGGUGGAGGAAAGGGCAGAAGAAGGUCCCCAGCAAGGUGAGCAGCUUCUCCUCCAGGACUCCUCCUGUUAUGGGGCACCUCCCUCCCCUCCAUUGAUCAACCCUUGGGGGGCUGCCAGGGCACACGCAGGAAGGGGCCCUGCUGGCGCCUGCCCUGCCCCUGUUUGCUUACCUGCUUUUAUGCCCAUCACUUGGUCAGCUUGGUCAGGGCACCCACCUUGUGUCCCAGGGCAUUGUGGGAAAUUCAGAAGCACGUCUGGGAGCAGCUCCCCCUUUCCGCUGGCAGCGCCCAUGGAUGGGAAGACUUUCUGGUGCCUCUUCCGCAGUGGGUCAGAGCUCAUUUGCCCUUCUCCCUCCACCAUAUGGAAAGGGUGUAAGGUGGGACGGGGGCAGGAAGUAAGAAUCCGGCCGCAUGUUCUAGCCUCCCCAUUUCCUGGGAAAUAAUGGGCAUCCUCAUACCCAGGUGAGAAGUCCACUGCCCCUCCCCACUGUGGGGUUGGAGAGGACAGUUCUCCCUCAGGUCAAGUGGGGAGCGGGUAUUCUUCCAAGUGGAAAGAUGCAGGUGGGAGAAAGACUCCAGGAACACAUUCAUGUUUCAACCAACCACCUCACCUUGGUAUUCUUGCUCAUACCAGAGAGGGCCAGAGGCAGGGACCAUUUCCUCUCCAUGUAAGUUUGGUGUGAGUAUUCCUGCAAAAAGGAACUUUGGGGGGGAAAGUACCCAUUCACUUAAAUAUCCCAUCCUACCUGGCGAAAUAGAAAUCAUAACACUUGUAUCUCUUUAGUUAGUACAAGUGGAGAGUAGAUGCUCCUCCAAAAAGAAAUGGGAAAAUAAAAAAGACGCUCACAUACCCAUGUAAACCCUGAAUUGAUUGCUUGGGAGUGCCCCCUUUCGUAGAAUUUAGGAGAGAAUGUGCAUGCAAUGGGCCUCCCCAGCAACCCGAAAGAGUUCUUGCAAAGAAGAUUAAUGUAGAGGCAGCCCAUAUUUGGGCUAAAAUGGGACACACUUCAUUUGGGCAUUGGUUUCCCCAGCAAACAAACAAAUAAAUAGGUUUUAUAGAAGUGGAUCGUCCUCCAAGAGGUAUACUGGAAAAAGAGACACAUACACACACUCCCAAAUGUAUUGGACUGAAGACACACUAGAAUUCUUCACAGGGAAAUGUUAUCAUUCUGGCUUAUGGAUGUGUGGAUGAGGUGCCUUGAGGGCCCCCAAAGAAGCCUGCUGGAGUUGUCUUUCUGAGGAGGAUCAAAACACCCCAUCCUGACAGAUGAGGAAAGGUAACCUGCAUAUGGGACAGAUAGAGAUGCCACCAUACUUGAACCUGCUUCACUUUGCUUCAUCCCUGCCGUCGGAUUCUUUUCUACCCCACUCUAGAUUUAAAUCAAGAUUGUGGAGCUGGUGGGAAGAAAAGAGAAAGAUCUGGGCAUUUUCUUCCCUAUAGAGCUAUGGUAGGGUAUCUGUGGUAUUCCAGAUGUUACCGGACUCCCAACUUCCAGCCGCCCCAGCCAGCAUGGCCAACGGCUAGGGAUGAUGGGAGUUGUAGUCCAGUGACAUCUGGAGGGGCACCGGUUAUUCAUCCCUGCUAUAGAAAAAAGCAAGCCCUUGGUCUUUCGGUAUAUUUUUUUUGGGGGGGGGGGGGAGAAAUACCCAGAAGCUUUUGCGCAAGUGUGGGAUCAGGGUAUGCCUUGUGUUUUCCAUCUCUAUGUAAGGGGGAUGGUUGCAGGUUUUCCCUAAACCGGUUAAAGAGUUAUAUUGUGGGUGAGAACAAGGCAGUCUCCCCUCAAAAAUUAGCUCUGGGCAUGAUCUCAAAGGGGAGGGGUUCAAAGCAUCCUAUCCUUGUAAAUGAAUAGGACAGUUGGCUUAUAUAGUGGGGGUGGGUACCUGCGGUCUUCUGGAUGUUCUUGGACUACAGCUCCCAUAAUCCCUGACCAUCAUUGGCUAUGCAGAUGGGGGUUGCUGCGGAUUGACAACCCAGCAGCCUCUCAAAGGCUACUGGUUCCCCAUCCCUGCCAUAUAGCAAAGAGGUGAAGACAACUGGAAAAAAUGAGGCCGCUCACUGUCCCUUCCAUUAGAGAGAGAGAAAUCAGGGCACUCCUUAAAAAAGAGUGACAGUGGGGUUCAUGUACAGUUAAAAAGGCCGCAAGGUCUCUCUCCCCCGCCUUCGCCUUCCCCAAGUCAGGGAACUGAUUCUGCCUUUUCAGUGCCUUGGGCACCUCAGCCUUAUGGGCUGCCUCUUUCCAUCUUGGAUUUUUCUUCAAGGGGAAGGGCCAGUUUGUGCAUCUCUCUUUGAUUAGGCAACAAAGGUGGAUGUUUCCCCUCCUGCCACUUGGUCUCUGCAGUGACUUUGCUUCUUCCCCUGCUCAGCAUUUCAUGGGGGAAUUUGGAUUCCUUUCUGGAGUCUCUUGGGAGCAGUGGCAAGUGGGGAAGAGGGGAGUUGCCUGCUCUGCUGCCCCUCUUUCUCAGAAUGUGUGACCCCACUGGCAAAAGUGCUAGCCUCAUUUAUUUAACUCAGCAUACAUUGGACUCACAUUCCCUCUAUCCCUGCAGCAAUCCUGUUCCGUGGGAACUGUCCUUUAUCAAGGGUGCUGGGAAUUGUAGCUAUGUGAGGGGUAAACUACAGUUCCCAGGAUUCUUUGGGGGUGGGUGCUUUAAUUGUAUGGAGUUUACACAGCCGCCUAACCGCGUCCAAUGUGAAGUGUUAUCCCCACCCCCUUUGCCAGCUCUGGUCCCAGUGUUGUAUUUUGUCUGGAAUAUAUAAAUACCCUGGAGCUGUUGGAUUUCAGGAGAGAGUUGGCUUUGGUCUGGUUUCCCUUUCAGCUUAAGGAGAGGAAGGAUUCUGAAGGGCAGCGCUGGGUUUGAGCUGCGGGUGGGGAGGGGAAGAGGUGACCUUAUCGCCAUCAUCAUCUCUCGUUGCAGCAGUCGCAUAGCAGUCACAUCGCGUGGACAAGCAGAGGGGAAAGAUGGGAGUAUUGUGGCAUGUGUGGGAAGGAGGGCUUGGAUCUGGGCGCAAGCCCGUCUGGCUGUCCUGUCCUUUGUGGAAAUGCUAACAAGGCAAGGCAAGGCACGCUUCUCCCCGGAAAUGGAGUUCCUCCCAGCUACCGGGCUGGCUGGCCGUGGUCUGCAUAUUUCUUCGGCUUAAGCCCAAGGUGGGACAUAAGGGUGGGUGGGUUUUAGUUUUUGCUAAUCACUGGAGCUGACGCUGGCUGGGAAAUGUGAAAUUUAUUAAUGUAUGUUGCUAAGUUGUAGCAGUGCGUUUGGAAAUGUAACCUAAGACGGAAGUAGAGAGGCGCUUUGGCAUCUCUGUGGGGGGGGGGGGGGGCGUUGUAAGACUGCCGUCCGCAUUGCAGGUUCAUAAGAGAUCCAGGAGACUUUCCUGCUUUGGGGGAUGUGGAAUGCUUGAACAAAAGGUAUUUCUCUCUCCAUUCUUAAGUAGCAGUAAUUAACCAUCUUAAUACUGUAUUGCUGUUGCUGGCUUUCAAACUGGACUUGCAACAAUCCCUCCCUUUUCUUAAGUGUUUCUUCUUUUGACUAUAAAUAAAUCAUGAUUAUUCUGAGAUUGAUUGUGUGAGAGUCUUAGUUUGUAGGGGAACUUGUCUAUUUUUGAUUAACAGAAAUAUUUGGUUUUCCUUCCUCAUCUAAAUUAGUUUAAUUUAGUUGACUUUUUGAAUCACCUUAGCCAAAUUAUCUCACUUACUGAUUAAAUCAGUUGCAGCAUGUGCCUCACACACAUACCCCACCUGUAUUUUGUAGAAUUUGAAGUCUGACCACAAUCUUUGUUACUAUAUGUUUUCAACUUAAAAGGUGGGGCAGCCAUUUCUGAGGAAGGGGUUGCCUUUGUAAAAGAAUUGGUAAAAUUAAUAUAUUAGACAUUAGCAAUAAUACUUGGCCAUCUUCCUAAUAAUUUUUGCAUCUGCUAUCCAGUUUUAGAUUUUAUACAAAAAUUGCUAUAACAUAUAAAUAACUGCUAGUUUGUAAAGUCUGAGUACAAAUUUUGAUUAGUAGUUGAUUUAUUUUCAAGGCCAUUGCUUUUUAAUUGGUCCAGUUGAGCUCUACCUAUGUAAAAUAGAAAAUUGCUACUGUUAAGAAGUAAUGAAUGGGACAGAAUCCCUUGUGAUUAGAUGGGCAGGAACAAUGGGCACCCCCCCCCCCAAACUUCAUUCUUGUCAGCUGGCAGGUAAUUGGAAUCUGUUUACCUCUGAAGACUGUGGAAAUGGCAUAAAGCUUUAGAAUAGCAGAAGAACGGAAACUUUCUUCUGGGUUUGGUACAGAUGACACUUGUAGUCUGUCGUUCCUUUUAUUUUAGAUGAUUGAAGUACUCAAAGUUGCUGAAAGUUAAGAAAUGGCGUUAAGAGCGACAUUUAACUUUAAAGACUGAUUUGUAAGUUAAUGCUGGUGCAGCCUACUGUAGUAAUUAACUUAUUAGUAUUUGUUAUAUAGCCAGUUUUUAAUGGUGGAGGACAUUACUUGUUUGCUUGCCGUCAGUGAUUAACAAAGUGUGUGUGUGUGUGUGUGUGCAUUUUGUAAGACAAGGGACAAAUGGCUAGUUCACUAAGUUUGAUGUUCAUGGGGGCAUUGGACUCUAUUGGCUUGGAAAGAGUCUGUCAUAAUUACUGUGUAGAUGAUUGUGGUGUCAGCUUUUAAUAAUUUUAAAAAGAGGUAAAGAUUUUUGGAAUUAUCUGAGACUAAACUUUGAUGGCAUGUUCCUUUUGCAGGCAUUCCCUCUCUCCCCUUUACUGCAGUGCACAGCAGAGCCAUCCUAUUGCAGCAACACCCCUGCUGUGUCUCACAAGCAUCUCCACCUUUUCAGAACUUGGCUGGAAUAUUUUUCCAACUGAAUUCUUUCUCAGGCUGCUUCUGCUACAUCACUGUAAAAAAAAUGGUGCUGCUUGGGUGAGGCGAAGCAAGACAGGUUGUCCUCUGUCUGUAAAAGAGAAGUAUCCUUCUCUCUUUGCCCUCAAAGCUGUACAACUAGAACUUGUUGAUUCGGCUGUGCAGAUGGUGGUCUGCUAAAGAAACUUUAAAGCAACCUCAAUCCUUGCCUGCUUCUUACAUCUUUGUUUCAAAAUUAAUGUAAAACAAACAACUUAGUAGUGAUUAUAUUUUUAUCUGCACAGAUAAAAAUGGUUCACACUCAUUCUUCUGUAAUCUACUUGUCUUCGAUUCCCAUGAACACAAGCUUUUGUGAUUUUAAAAUAAGGAAUAAGUUUCUAGUCCUGACUAUUGAAGUGGUGAAUUUCUAAUGCUGAAGAAAGUUGUCCACCUCAGCUGGAGAAUAAAUUGAUUAAGGCAGAGUAAUGUAGCCCUGGUGGCUUCAUGGGUUUCUCUCUGCUGGGUUGUUGGGUUGCCUGUAGUGGGAUCUGGCAUUUGCCAAGGCCUUGCCCGCACUAUGCUGUCAGCAAGUGGCAGGUUGCCAUUCCGCCUUAGCAGCAGAAUGCUUGCCUGCUUUGGGGAUAUGGAUGGAAGUGUAGUGCUUGCAUCGUGAUGGGAAGAGGUGCGGGGCCAGUGACUUACUUCUUUGUGAAAAAGGUAUGUUGGGCUAGAUGGAUCCUUGAUCUGAUGAAGUAUAGAUUAAGAGGUUUUAAAAAUGUAAUGCACAAAGAUCUGUUCUGCUUGCAUGGCAUGACCAGAGUGUGUUUCUGCAAAAGUGUGGAAGAAGCCCUUAUGCUGCAGGGAGACAAUAACUUUUAAGAGUUGAAAGUGCUAUGUCCAGAUGUCUGCCGCUGCUUCCACGGUGUACACACUCCACUCUUUCAUUCUCUUGAACAAACGGGUCUUGCAAGAUGGAAUCAGAAUUCAAAAUGACCUUGACAGAUUGGAGAAAUGGGCGCAAGCUAACAAAAUGAAUUUCAAUAGGGACAAAUGUAAGGUUCUGCACUUGAGGAAGAACCAGAUGCACAAAGAUAGGCAGGGGGACACCUGGCUUACUAGCAGUACAUGUAAAAAAAAAUCUAGGGGUCCUUGGUGGACCACAAGCUUAACAUGCGCUAACGCUCUUCUAGGCUGCAUCAACAGAAGUAUUCUGCCUUGCUCAGACCACACCUGGAAUACUGUGACCAGUUGUGGACACUGCAAUUUAAGAAGGAUGUUGAAAAACUAGGAAGUGUGCAGAGAAUGGCAACCAAGAUGAUAAAGGAUCUGGAAACCAAGCCUUUACGAAAAUGCUUGAAGGAGCUGGGUAUGUUUAGCCUGGAGAAGAGGAGAUUGAGAGGAGAGAGCUGUCUUCAAAUGUCUUAAGGGCUGUUACAUGUAAGAGGGAGCAUGCUUGUUUUCUCCUGCUCUUGAGGGUAGGACUCAAGGCAAUGGCUUCAAGUUACAAGAAAGGAGUUUCCGACUAAACAUUCGGAAAAACUUUCUGACAGUGAGAGCUGUUCGGCAGUGGAGCAGACUCCCAUGGGAGAUGGUGGACUCUCCUUCCUUGGAGGUUUUUAAGCAGAGGGUGGAUGGCCAUCUGUCGGGGAUGCUUUAGCUGAGAGUCCUGCAUUGCAGGGGGUUGGACUAGAUGACCAUUGGGUCCUUUCCAACUCUAAGAUUGUAUGAUUCUAAGCUCUUGGAGCGCUGUUAGAAUUUGCAAAUUGUGGUGAUAGGAAGGUGAGUGUGGCUUGCUUACCAUGGGCAACUAUGGUCCUCUCCUCUCACCUCAGCUUCAUGAAAAAUGCUGCCCAUCUCCAGCCUCAGAUAACUUCCCACCCAGGAAGGGUGGAAGUAUGUUAAUUUCAGGGCUUUGAGAUUGCAGCCCAAGAUGUCCCUAAAUUAUCCAAGAUUCAUUGAUAGUAUACAGAGUGUGUUGCUUCAGUUCUUCCAUAUCUUCAGCACUAAUAACCACUUUUAGGAAAGUGGUGUUUUUUUUAAAUGUCAGCACACACCACUGGGAGGUGCAGCUGUCCCGUCCCCCGGUCCCCAGAUUGUGCCUCAGUAUCUGUAUAAGCAUUUGCAGGCUCCACUUGCUACCAUUCCCACCCACCCAUGUUUGUAUUUUAGGAAAAGAUAACAGCACUAAAGGCUGCCAGAAGCAACCUCUCUGACACCAGUAACACCCCAAGUUUUGAUGUGAGUUGAUAUGGAGGCAGGAUGGAGAGAUUCAGCAUUCAGAAGUCCCACAGCAUACUAGAAGUAUCUUUGUAUUUAAUAUGCAUGGGUGUUUCAUGUUGCUGCCAUCAGCUCGGGGUUACUUUAGGCAGGAAGGGGAAUCUCACCUUUCCUCCUUCUGCUGGAGUGCUGAGGAUAAUCCUACCAGAUGCUGCUAUGUUUGUUUUUGGAGGGUGGGGAAUCCCUCAUUAGCACCAGUAGAGGAUCCCCUCCUCCCCCCAAAAAACAACACCUAAAUACCAACAUUACAAGAGGGUUAUUCCUCAGGAUUGCAGCAGGGGAGGAAAAGGUUAAAUCCCCCCAUGCGUGAUCCCAUUAAUUGCCUUCCAAGUUCAUGAUGAUAUUUGCAUUUUUUAAAAAAACAAAAACCCUGCAUAUUAAGUGAAAAGACGUAUUUAACCUCCCUCUACUAGGAGUGUCAGAGCUUCAGAAAUGACAGACACACAUUUUUUCUGAGUGUAAACAGAAUCCUUGCAACAGAACAGCUGGUUCAAACAGUCCCCCCCCCCCCGAAAAUGUCUCACAGUGAGAGCAUCCCUCUCAUAGAAUCUGCAAAGCACCCACUUAACAGUAAUUUCUACUGGAGAGGCUGUUUGAAGUGGGCUAAAAAUAGACACUUUAAAAAAUUCAGCCACUCAGGGCUGCUUGCAAGCACAAGCAGAGGGUGGGGCAGUUUGCCGCAUCUCUGAAGCCAGUAGACUACAGCCAUCCAAGAUUAAAUUUUCAGAAGUGUUUUUGCAGAUGAGUAUAGACUGCUGGGUACCUUUCAGAUGUGGUUUUGGUGAUAACAUAUUUUGAGUGCAUAUGGAUGUAUACCUUUUAACUUUUCAGUUUCCAGCUGCUCAGAAGAGACUGCUGUAAAUUUGCCAUUUUUUGUUCUGCCCAGAAAAUUGGGAGAGUAGGGAGGGAUAAUAGUACAAGCUAUGCAGAAUGAGGUGGUAGAAUUUUGGAUUGUGCUACUUUAGGCUGCUUUAGGUGAGGUAGUCUCAUUUUUAUUAAUGUGUUGUUAAAAACAUAUAUUUGCAUGCAAUUAGUGAAAACUAGCAUGUUGAAGAGUUGGCCUUGAAGAGUGGGCCAUGCUAAGCCUUUUCCCCGGUGGACUGAUUCUAGUUCAGCCUUUGCUACCCUGGUGACACCAGAUGUUUUGGACUACAACCCUAGCCAGCACACCCACAUUUACUGCAUUUACUGCAUAUACAUUUACUUUGCGGGUGGUGCUGGGGGUUAAACCACAGAGCCUAGGGCUUGCCGAUCAGAAGCUCGGCGGUUCGAAUCCCUACGACGGGGUGAGCUCCCGUUGCUCGGUCCCUGCUCCUGCCAACCUAGCAGUUUGAAAGCACGUCAAAGUGCAAGUACGAUAGAUAAAUAGGUACCGCUCCAGCGGGAAGGUAAACGGCGUUUCCGUGCGCUGCUCUGGAUCGCCAGAAGCGGCUUAGUCCUGGCCACGUGACCUGAUAGCUGUACGCCGGCUCCCUCGUCCAGUAAAGCAAAAUGAGCGCCGCAACCCCAGAGUUGUCCGCGACUGGACCUGAUGGGGUUAACCUUAACCUUUACUUCCUCCCAGUAACUCCAUGUUCUCUCAGUUUUUUAGAAUGACAACACAGGACAAGCCCCCUGUAGGAAGUGGUUUGCAUUUAUGCAGGGAGGGGCGUGUUGAUUAAAAAAUCAGACACAAGACCCAUUUGCCUUUCAAAGUGGCACAGCUGCAAAUUUCACCAUGUUCUUCCACAUAAUCUAUAAAAUGUUUCUGAGGGAGCAUGGGGUGGUAGGAGAAGAGUAUGAGACUUGUGGAUGCUGAUGUGGCCAACCAUGUGUCUUCAGUCUCUUCCCCUCCCAUCUCCUGUCUCUGCACACUUUUUUGAUGUCUGGCUGCCAGUAUGUGAGCCCUGUGUGCAGUUGACAGCAGGUGGUGGUGAUAGGAACCUGAGGUGGUAGAUUGACUUUAGAUAGAGAAGCCUUCAGAAGUGGAUUUCCCUAAGGAUUAAAACAAACAAACCACCCACCCCUUGGCAAGUAGAAAUAUAGCACAACAGAGGGAGAGAGGGGGAGGGAGAGAGGGAGAUGGAUUAGAACAUUUCUCCCUGAUGUACUAGUUUUCCAUUUGCAGAUGUUUGGGGAGAGCAUAGAAUGCUCACUGAAGUGGUACAAUCCACUCUGUCCCCUCAUGAUUGUUCUACAUCGUUCUGCUUCAUGUGCAGACCAACCCUCCCUCCUUCCCGCUAGCACCCUGUUGGCUGUUGCACCUCUGUGCAUCCAUUGUUGCGCAGGGAUGGGAGACCUCCAGAUGUGGUUGGGCUGCAGCUCCUCAUCAGUCCAGGCAGCAUGGCCAGUUGCUGGGAUCUGUAGUCCAUCAACAUCUGGAGGCCACAGAUUCCCCCACCUUUGUUGUGAAGGAAACAACAUGGCCUGGAGCUUUGGACAGCCCCAACAAUUAUAAGAUGCAAGGCACAAAGCGGCAACAGCCCUUGGGCUCCACCCAGAUGGAGUAAUUUCAUUGCAUUAGGUCACAUGAAGGUGUUUCUGUUGUCCUGGGCCUUGGCACCUGGUUGUCUUUCUAAGAUGGCUGUUGCAACAUUGGCUCUCAGGUAUGAGCUAUAUUAAACUGCACCUAUCAUUGUUGGCUCAACAACCCAACGCCCUCCAGUUCUAGCUGGACUUCUAGCACCCCUGACUUUUGGCCAUGCAGGCUGAAUCUGAUCAGAGUUGGAGUCAAAUAACAUGGAAAGGGCCAGUGGUCAGCCACACCUGGCCCUGUGACAAUCUUCCCUCCCUGAUUUAAAGUAAAUUGCAUCAGUUUUCCAGAAAGCAUCUUGGGGGAAAUUAGAAAAGCAUCCCUAUUGCUUAUCUCUGCUCAUUUCCUGAGUGCAUUGGGGCGUUCCUCUUGAUAGCCUUUGAGACUUUCUCCUCUUAAUUGUUCUUCCGUUGCUGCUCCAUCAGAGACUUGCCACAGUACCUAAAAAUAACUCCACAGUGAUAUUAAGACCUGAGACAUUCAGAGGUCGACUGAAAGGAGACUACAGCAUUCUGUCUGGGAGAUUGGGGUGGUGGUGGGGAAUGUACACUUCAUAAAACAUGUCAUAUGCCUUUAAAAAUAGAAAAUAUUUAGAGGCUUUUUAUAUUCUUCUGAAAAGAACAUGAGCUCACUGAGCUUCUUAAAGGGCUGGUUCCAUAUUUUUCUGGAAACUACCUGUGCCUUUUGGUUGUGAACUCAACCAGUAAGAAUACAUUACAGUGCUGGCAGAGGACACAUUUUUAAGUGUCUGGGCACCAGGAUCUAAUUUUUAGUUGCUUUGGUGACUAGAGGCCUUGGAUGUUCAUGCUCUACUAAUUUUAUUUUAAAAACUAAAAACAGCUUUAUUUGGCAUUACCUAUGACAUAUGCCUUUGUUUUGCUGACUGGUGGGAAUCAUGCCCUUCACCCAGUUGUGGAUGGUUGGUGGAUUGAGAGGAGGAUCUCCCAGGGGAAGAAACUGGUGGAAGAAAGGAAAGCUCCCAGGUGAGAGCUAGCAGGGUGGGGACCAGCCCUCUCCGUGUGAGACAAGGGUUCAGAGCUGCCUUUGGAAGAGGACUCUGCACUUUCUUCUCUCUCUCUCUGUUUUUGUUUAGAUUAGUUCCUUUUAUCUUACAGUAUUAUGAAAAAGCUGUAAUCAAAUCUUAUUAAAAGGACUCAUGCCCCCUUCACCCAGCCCUGCUUUAAAAACCAGCAUUACUCCUUUUCAUUUAUUGCCCUAUUUAUUGCUGCUCUACUUAGUACUUAACCAUGGUUUCCACAAAGCAAUUCUGGAGACAGUUCCUGUUCUUGUUUUAUUUUUAUUAUUUUUCCCUUUAGCAUGUUUAGUGUUAUUGUAUUAUGAUUUACUGGUGCUGUUGUCCUUUUAAAAUCAUAGUAAUAAAAGGUAUUUUUUAAAAAAUAAUAAAUCUCAAAAUCUUUUAAAACAUCCUUCUUGGGUGGCACUGAGUUAUCAGUGGAACGCUGAAACUGGUGCCACAACUGUGUUUGCAUGCUUGCAUUUUUUAAUAGUUUGUUUAGUUCAGGAGUUCCAAAAAUGACACAACUAGAACUUUUUUGCAGUACUUGGAAAAAACCAAAACCGUGCCAUAGCACCUGCCAUUAUUCCCCCCACCCACUUUCCUCACAGGUGCCCAGAUAUGGAAGCUCAGUGGCAGAGAAUAUGCUUCACUUGAAAAAGGUCUCCGGUUCAAUCCCCGGUGUGCCCAGCCAGGGCUGGAAAAGACUCCUACCUGAACCCUGCAGAGCCACUGAGUGGACAGUACUGAACUAGUUGGACCCAGGGGUCCGAGGCAGGUUUCCUAUGUAACUAACCUGGUUCCCAUUGUUGCAAGGGGCCUUAUGUUUUCUUCUGCCGCCUCUUUCUUCCCUUUUCUUGUAGGAGAUGGCAUGAAAUCUGUAAGGGCAUGCAAAUGUUGCAGUGCAGAGCACUACUGCUCAGGUUUCCAACCAGCCAGGCAUGCCUGUUCCAAGAAAACUCAGUUUCUGGAUCCCCCCCCCCUCAGUUGUUGUUUGGGGAGGGAAUACCUGUGCAGACCUUGGGGUUUCCCCAAGCCUGCUGAUGCCAGACACACUUUUGUGUGUGUAUGGGGAUGGUGACGGUUACAUAAGGACCCACACUCUGAGAAGUGGGUAGCCUAAGUGGUCCCCUCAGGUGUUUUGGACCACAGUUCCCCAAAUCCCUGGCCAUUGGCCAUGAUGACCAGGGGUGAUGGAAGUUUGGUCCAUGACAUUGGAGAGCACCAACCUUGGCUGCCCGUGAUACAGGAUUUUGGUGGUGGCUAGUGAUGAAUGCUUUUGUUGAAAUAUAAUAGAAAUAUAGAGUUUAAAUCCGUGGUUCCCAAACCACCCCCUCCCAAGGGCCACUUGAAAAUUGCUAAUAAUUAUUAAGUGGACCACUUAAUAAUAAUUCUGCCUAUUGUAGAAAGUGUAAUGCUGUAUGAUUUUCAGCUGCAUUUUUACAGACAUGCCGCGGACCACCUGAAUGAAGCUUGUGACCACUGGUAGUCUGCAAAACUCAGUUUGGCAAACCCUGCUCUAAAUAACUCAGUUAAUCCCUGUUUUUAAAGGUUUGUUUUUUACCGUGCAAGUUCAUUGUAAUGGAUGGAGCGUGUUACCUGCUUCUGGGCUGCCUUUGUUCUUUAGGUGAGUUCUGCUGUAUAGAGAAGGCAUGCAGAACCUCUUUUCUGCCUGAUAGCUGUAUUCCCUUGUAGGAAACCUUCCAGGGGUUGCAUGCCUAUGCUGGGAAGGACCAGAGGCAAACGUGGCUGGGGUAGUAGAUGCAAUUCUUACUUCUGUGCAGCAGGCUGCAUUCUAGCCAUGCAAGAGGCAGAAAGUCCUACAUGCCCACAGCAUGCUCACCUCUCCAGUCUUCUUCCAGGCAGCAAGUGGUGUUAUCCUUGUUCUAAGAACACAUUCCAGGAAGGCAAAAGCACUUAGGAAAGUGUGGAGCCGGGUCAGUGAAAGCUGUAGCUGGAGGUGGGGUGUGGCCAUUGAGAAGAAACCUAAGAGCUGGACAGAGAGGCCUGGGGGUGGUACUUGGACCCUGGGCCAAAGGUUCCCCUCCCCUAGUUUAGAGAGAUGGUGUGGGGAAGAGGAGAGGAAGAGAGAAAAAGAGAGGAAAGGUUUGUUCUUUGUACAGUGUAGAGUUCAAAGUCAGCCUUAGGUUAAACCACUGCUUUUUUUUUGCCCUUUUUAGUGUUGGUACUCAUAAAAGUGCCGUGGGUGCCAGCACAAAAUGGCUUCCAUGUGCAGAAAGAAAGAAAAAAGAGGUUCCAGUGAGUUCUGGAAGGCUACUGAACAAGCCUUUUCCAAAGGCCGCCUUUCUCCCUCUAGAACAAGCAGAGGCGUAGCAAGGUCAGGUGGUACCCAGUGCGGAAUUUUUUUUGUCACCCCCCCCACACAAGUUGGGAGUGGUGGGUGGGCGACAUGGCUCUUGGGCAGCUGGAAGGAGCCCCGCCCACCUGCCACUUCCCUUCCGGUCACCAGGCGACCGACAACACAUCAGGGGGCCUGUCCUCCGCCUCCUUGCUCUCCUUUUUCGUGUGCCGUGAAGGACUCUCCAGUGCAGCCAGCAGGUAGAGCCCCUUCUUGCCGGGGGGGCUGCCCCUUUUCGACUCCCCUGCGCCCGGGAGAGCCCUCCUCCACCCCCCCAAGCCCACCGGGAACGUGGCCAAGAGGCCGCUCAAACUUUCGGUUCCUAACUUAGCAGAGGAAGAUUUUCCUCCACCUUUGAAAGGGGGGCGUCGGCAGCUUCCUGGCCUCUCUUGAUUCCUCUGAGCAGCCAAUGCCAAUGCCCCCUGGUUCAACGGCUCAAUGGUGGGGGGCUAUGUGCAUGGAGCAAGGGAGGGUCAGUCGGGCUCCGCGGGGCAUCUGCUUCGCUCUUGGCCGGCCUCCAGCGCCCUUCUUCUCCUUCCUCCUCCAGGGCUCAGGAUGCCUUACAAGCACCAGGGGUGCAGCCAGACGGGAGAGGAUGUGCAGCCCCCGGGAGGGACGCCAGGGGGAGCCCGGGGAGCACACCAAAUGUCCCUCCCGAGCGCACCGCCCUCAGACAGAGAACUCCCAAGCCUCCCCCGAGCUGUCAAAACGAAGGGGGGAGGCCGCCCUCAAAGCGGCACAGCUCCCCCCUUCCCCCGACAACUCAGGGUAGGCUUGAGUGUCAUGGGUGUCACGCCAAAUGUCACCCCCCUCAGUGAUGACACCCGGGGCGGUCCGCCUCCACCGCACCCCCCUUCCUACACCUCUGAGAACAAGGUGCUCCAACCUUUCAUACCAAGUAGGCCACAAGAGUACUUUGACAUGGAACCCAUGGGCUGGACACUGCUUUGUGGGGGGGGGGGAUAAAGUCCAAAAUUUGACAGACACACACACACACACACACACACACACACACACACACCCCAGCCCUCAUGCUGCCUUCUUAAAACCUGGUAAGCACUUGCCCGGCUUCAGGAAAAAGAUCGGAGAGCUCUGCCAGGGUAGAUGGUUGUUUUGUAUAAUCCUGAUGGUCUCUGUGGAGCUGGACCUGCACAAGUUGUUAUUUCCUAAGCAGCUGAUAAAUUUAUAAUCCAUUUUAGCAGGGGGGUGGGGGUCUUUGCUUGCCAGGAGAUACUGUCAUUAAGGCACCUGCCAAAGGAUCUCAGAUGUUGAAGUUGUAGAUCUGCCCUGUAGAACCUCUUCCUUGUCUGUUUUCAGUACUGUGAGAGGGGCAUUUGCUUAAUUAAUCAAAGAAGAAUUGGAAGUAGCAGAGGAUUUUGGAGGCUCUUCAAAGGGGUGGCGGGUCGGUAGGUAGGUCGGUAGGUAGAUAUUGUGCGUUGUGGUGGUCCAUUAGCAAGGUUGUUCUGACUUUUCAGCCAGCAAUAUCAAGGUGUGACUAUAUAGCACUGGAACGCCUGGGUUUUUUAUAAAAAAAAUCUCAGAUAAAAUGAAAUAAUUUGGUUUGUUUUUGUUGCAGAUCACUGCUCCAAGAAUGCAGUCGCCAAGAGUGUGAUGGGGCCGUAGCUCAGUGAUAAGAGUGCAUGCUUUGCCUGCCAAAGGUUCUGUCUCUCCAGCUAAAAGGGUCUUACGUAUCGGGGCUGAAAGGGAGAGCCCUCAGUGAGGCCCACGAGAGCUGCUGCUAGUAGGGCAGAUUGCCCAAAGGGUUUCAUUUGGCCAAAGGUAGCUUCAGAUGUCGGUACAUUCAGAUUUACGACUGAUUCAGACAUCGGACACCUCAGGUUGUAUCCAAUGUAGUGCUAAGUUAAAGUCACUUACUGGUGUAACUUGUUCCAGUGACAAAAUGUUUUGUGCCGGCCGAAGAUUGCUGGCAACGAGUUUCCGCUAGUUCAGCUGCUGUGUUGGAUUCCUCUGUUGUGCAACAUUAAAACUUACCUGCCUCCUAGCAUAAGCACCCUUGCACUAGCAGACAGAGAACUUUGGCUACAGCCCCUCACGUGGACCACCAACAAAGGCUGGUGCCUGGAGACUCGAAUGUCAAAUGCUCUGAGUGCCACAGGGUGGAGGCGUGUUUCAUUUAAUUCAUUCACUUGCUGUGUUUGUAUGCUGUCUUUUGCCCAAAGAGCUUAAGGCAACAUAAGUACCCCGGCCGUCUUUUAUCAUCACAGCAGUCUUGUGAAGGUGAGAUGGACUGAGAGGCAGUGCCUGGCCAGUGAACUUCAUGUCCGAGCAUUUGUGUGUAUGCGUGUAGGUGUGACAUUUGCCUGUACUUUUAGGUGGCUUCAAACUACCAUUUGAUAAAGUACUUCAAGAUAAAGCCAGUCUCUUUAAGCUAAAACUGGCUAGCAAUGUUUGGUGAUGCUUUUCAGCAGUUAAUUGUGGUUUAGCUUCUAGUAUUCCACUAAGGGAGGAAACAUAUUCCUUUCAUAGACCAGCUGCUGGGCAACCAGAGUCACCCCGCCCCCCAAGCUGGAAAUGUCCCCUUUCACUGCUUUUGGACUCUGGCACUGGACUCUCUUUCGCCUGGGCUGGUAAUGCUUCAUUGGUAGAGCAGAUAUUUCACAUAGCGGUGAAGGUCGGGAAUCUUGGAAAUGGCCCUCCCCCUCCCUCCCUCCCUGGCACACAGACCUCCAUGGCAGGAGUAGAGAGGCUGCCUCCUGACUAAUCUGAGGCUCUUUUCUGCUUAACCUCUCGUCAGCUCAAGCCAACUCAGGGAGUUGUAGUCCAAGACAGCUGAAUGGUGGCAGUUUAGGGAGCGCUGAGGCACACCCAGGUGUGUGGAAUGCUUCCGCCUGCACCAGUCCCUCCACCUGCCCUCCACCGGUUGCCAGGGCUUUGGUGUCUCCAUAAGUGAGCAUCAACACGCCUUGUUUGUUGGAGGGACGACAACAGCAGACUUCCCAUGCUCCCAGGUGUGCUGCAGCAGCACUCAGUCCUGGGUACAGGAAGCUGCUGUCUGGUCUUGUCUUUGGAAGAUCCCUGGAACUGUGUGUCUGCUCUUGUGAAGGUGUUGUCUGCAGCAGCAUCCGGCAGUUGCCUCCUUUCUCCAGAUUCCAUGAGUGAUUCUUUGCUAGUGAGCUGCGAGCUUUAACAAUUCCAGUUUUUUGCCCUGUAACUUCAGGCUCCCACCUCCUAUCUCCAUCAGGUGUCGUCGGCAACGAAACAGUAAAUGCAAAUGUUUACAUAGAGUAACCAGAAUAAGACUUGUUGGCUGAAUGUUUCCAGGAGCAUCAACUACUUUGUGCAUGCUGGCAUAUACUGGAAAUGCUACAGAGCUAAUGGAUGGGGCCCCCAUUUAGUUUUUUGUAUUUCAGUGGGAACAUGUUUUAAAUUAAUAAUGUGUGACUUGCAGAAAACAAAAUCUCCCACUUGCACUGCUUGUUGGUAAGCCUCUCCCCUGCCCCACCCCCACCUGCUUUCAGAGUGCAAAGGGCUUGCUGCGAGAUGAUUGGCUGGGUGAGUCGUACCAUGCCUAGGAAGGGAGCACCAUUUCCCCGCUAUGUCACCCACUCAGUGGGAAUUCAGCAAGCACUUAAGGAAUCUGAGAUGCAGUAAAGCUUUUAGCUGUGCAGACAAGGCUGGCUCAUUGGAGAGAGAUAAUGUAGCUAAGAAAUAUUGACAGCGUUAGUGAAGGAUGGGCCUUGAGGCCAUGAACAAAAUGGAAUGGGCUGUUUAUAAAGGGCCCCCCUGGGUUUUAGCCAAGGAUAUGCUGCUUCAAAGCAAGUCAGAGAUGGCACUGCUGUACUCUACACCAUGUCUCCAUUGCUGCUUUUUAAUUUUGCUUUUUUGAAGUCUGGAUGCAUACAGCUUGGGCAAGUUAAUGUGUUCUUUGACAGAGACUGCUUGAUAGGUUUGGGGAGUUGAGCCUUACGCACAAAACUAAGAGAGAGUGGGUUGCCUUCAGGGCUGUGAAGCUAUAAAAGAAAUGGGAAAACAAGGACUGUCUGUGGGUUCCCAUUAUUUACCAAUGCUUUGCAAAAUUGCCUGGGCACAGUUUCAUGGUAGCAGUAACCCUCAACCCAACUAGUUAAUUGAGGUUGUUCAAUUCACAGCCGUGCUUUUGUGAUUCUAAGGCAGUUGCAGAAAUCAAGAGUCCCACCAGAACACUUGUGAGCCGUGCCUCUCCCUUGCGAAAAGAUCUUUACUGGAGACCCUCUCUUGGUUUAGAAUUGUUUACAAAACUUAAUCCUGAUCCAGGAUCCUUCUGCUGCAAAUUGCAUGAAAGCUCCAUUGUUUUGUGGAACAAGCUUCUGCACAAACCUGCUCUUCUAUUUCUGCAAGGAUGCUCUGUUUUUUGGGGAGAUCUCCAACUCCCCCUCUCCUGACCUUUAAUCUAUCAAGGACACACAUGCUACCAGAACUACAAAAGUUAACUCAGACCUUUGAGUGGUCCAAGUGGCAAUGUGAAGUCUUUUAAAAAGUGAGGUUCUUCAUUCAAGAAAAAGCACUAAAGCAGGCAUGUCCAACAGGUAGAUCGUGAUCUACUGGUAGAUCACUGGACAUCUGCUGUAGAUCACUGGUGGAUCAUUGGCUCCCCACAAAGAAGCUGAACAACUGUGGCUUCCCUAAAUAAAGCUCAACAUUUUACCUCCUCCUUGGAAAAAACAACUUUGACCCAAACCCCAAAAAAGGGGGUAGAUCACUGCCAGUUUUUAACUCUGUGAGUAGAUCACAGUCUCCUGGGAGUUGGCCACCCCUGCACUAAAGCUUAUCAUAAGGUAAGGAUCCUCAGUGAUUGAUGACAUUGCCAGUAACAGGUCCUGGGUUCAAUUCCUGGCAUCUUCAGUUAAAAUAAUCAGAUAGCAGGUAAUGUGGAAUAGCUUUCUCUGCCAGUGACCCUGGAGUGAUGCAGCCAGUCAAGAGUAGACCAUCCUCAGCAGAUAAAGCAGCUUCAUGCAUGUAUCAUAGCACACUUUAGACAUUGAUGAGGCUCCAAAAUACCCAACCAAGCUCCAGACCAUAGGCCUACUUAGAGUGGACCCAUUGAAAUCAAAGGACCUCAAUUAGUCAUGUUCAUUGAUUUCAGUGGGUCUAUUCUGGGUAGGAUGUUUGCUCUUAGUUUUUCAUGUAGACGUAGAGCAGAAGCGGCACACUGUUUGAGGGCUGGUAGUAGUCUGGCACAUGUGUUUAUAACAUCGCAGUAUUGGUUUCUGUCUAGACUGGGCUGCUGAUGCCAGUAAGGCCACCUCUUGGGUGAAUGUUGUUGUUUAGUCAUUUAGUCGUGUCCGACUCUUUGUGAUCCCAUGGACCAGAGCAUGCCAGGCACUCCUGUCUUCCACUGCCCCCCUCAGUUUGGUCAAACUCAUGCUCGUAGCUUCGCGAACACUGUCCAACCAUCUCGUCCUCUUCGUCCCCUUCUCCUUGUGUCCUCCAUCUUUCCCAACAUCAGGGUCUUUUCCAGGGUGAAUAGGAGCUGUGAUAAGACAGAGACAGGAUUGUCUUUGGUGUCGUUUGCCCUCCGCAUGGAAGAAAUGAGAGUCUGUGCCUACGACCCAGGCUGCAUAGCUUUUGUUUUUAUAAAACAAGCAUGUCAACUAAGCACCUCUUGUGAGUGAGUGGUAGGCUGGAGGGCAAAUGUCCUCCUACCCGGUUUGAUGGUGGGCCCCCAUGCCAGUCAUUGCUUAGACAAAAAGCAUCCUGGUUUUUGCCCCCCCCCCCACUCCCUUGAUUGUUACAAAGAGACUGGUCAAUCUCCAUAGCUGGUCAAUUAAAAAAACCCCAUAACCUAUUAGCAAUCAUGACCUGUUGCUACUAGCUAAUGUUUCUAGCAUUUUUACUGAAAUGUUUUACAGUCUUUAUUUCCACAACCAUUCUCUAGCCUAAGAGGUAAGCAUGUACUGGCUGGGGCUGAUAGGAGUUGUAGUUCAGAACAUUUGGAAGGCACCAGGUUGGGAAAGGAUAGCCUAGGCCUUUGCCUGAAGUCCCAGGUGGUAUCCAGGACAGUGGAGCAGGCCUCUGAAACAUGCUUCAGCUCCUCUGCUGCACACCUUUCCCCAGUCUGUGCUUGAAGCUUCAUCUCAGCAGAGGCUGCUCCCAAGGUCUUGCUGCUUCUCUCCGGCAGCUGUGGGUUGCAGUAAACCCUGGCCAUCAGCCUCAAGUGCCUUGUUCACUGACAGACCAUGCAGUAGCCCUUUCCAUUCAUCCAGUCCCACUGACUCUAGGUCUCUCCGAUUUGGUGUGUGUUCCGUUGUGCCCUGUUAGAGAUCACUAGCAUAGUGCUGUUCAGAUGCUGGACUCCCACCAAACCCAGCCAGCAUGGCUAGUGGUCAGGAAUUACAGAAGUUGUAGUCCAACAAUCCCUGGAAGGCCACAAACGCCCCAUUCCUACUCUUGGACCAGAAGCAGCUGGAAGUAUGAGUGUUUUAUCAGCUGCGGCAGCACACCUGCUACAGGUAGAUGUUGACACAAAAUGGUUUCCUGGUGGUGGUGGGUUUCCUUGCCAUUCUGAGCUGUUCAGUGCUGCUCAGCUGCAGCCUUUGCUGGCCCUGUGAAUGUUUGUUUGCUGUUGGUUUCUAAGAUCGUGGCUUAUCAGUGGGCUUAUCGGCGGGCUUCCCCGUCUAUGAGGGAUUAUAGUCUCUCUCUCUAAAUGUAGCUCAGGGAGGUGACUGGCAGCUCAUACUCCUGGGUUUUCUCAGAACUCCACUUCAGUCUGCUAAAGGGAUUAGUGCCCUGAAGUCUGUCUGGCACUAAUCCUUUUAAUAUGCUAACUGCAAACAAAUGAGCACCUGGUGGUGUCCUCUGCCCCCACCCCCAUCAUGAGCAUGGCUACCCAGAAUGCCCUGGGGUUUCCACAACUGGAAACAUCCACAUCCUAGUUGAAAGUGUCCAUGCUGCAGAAAGGGAAUGGCCAUCUCUGCACAUGGGCUCAUUUUGGCGCAGCUGCAUUGAUCAAAAGCUCACUUGCUUUGCCCUGGACUUGGAAACGGCAAAGAAAAAGGCCCCUGAUUUGGUCUCAAGGUGCUGUGUUUCCCCUCUUCUGCCCUGCACUCAGCAGGUUCACUGGAUGUCAGGAUGGCGGCAUCAAACCUGGAGAACCAGCUGCACAGCGCCCAGAAGAACCUGCUCUUCCUCCAGCGGCAACACGCAGACACCCUCAAGGGGCUGCAUGCUGAGAUUCGGCGGCUACAGCAGCACUGCACAGGUAAUGUGGCCCAAGCCACCUUUGCUUCCAAGCAGCUUCCCUUUGUUCUGCUUGGGGCAUCUCUGCUCUUGUCCUCUGCUUCUCUCCAAUGUCCGUCCCCUCUUCAAUGCUGUCCCCACAUUGCUUCAUACUGGAAAGGCAAGCUUGGUACUUCUUCUGGAUGCUUUGUGUAUAUUAUCUUGGGAAUCCUUACAACAGUUCUGGAAGAUGGGCCAGUACCUUUUGAUAGCAGCACCUGGGGUUUAGGACUUUCUCCCCAAAGAGCUCUGUGUGUCUACCUCACUGCUUGCCUUUGGUAUGCAUCUAAACCUGGCUUCCCAGGGAAGACUCUCAGCUGAUUCAGAGUGACCUAAAGAGUUUUGGUAAGACAACUAGUCAUAUUAGAGUAGACACACCAAAGUCAAUAGACUGAAGUACAUUAACUCCAAUGGGUCUGCCCUUGAGUAGGAUGGUUUGUUCAAUUUUUGUUUUGUUUUGUAACCCACCUUUUGUGGCGGGGCAGGAAUGUUUGACAUAAAGAUCCUGCUGCAAUUGAUCACCCAGUUCUGUGAGCCGCAAGACUUUGAAUGCUUUGUGAAAAUGUUCUGUUUAUGAGUUUUGCACAUGGGCAAGUUUUCUCCAGCUUUCCUAACUCUGCAUGUUUUUCAGAUCUGACGUACGAGUUGACUCUCAAAAGCUCAGACUCAACAGGUGAGUGGUCUCAACCAUCUUCUAUUUAGAGGGUGUGGAAAGUGCUGGCAAUGACAAGGAGAGAAUCUUGAGCACUUUCUAGACACCUUGGAGUGUUGCAUUGAAGUUGUUUUGCAAAGAAGUUCGAUUGAACUCUCUAGGCCAGGAGUUUGUGGAACUUUCUUACACUGAAGCCCUCCUUCCAUCAGGGAGAACCAACGUCAAGGCUGAUCAAGACAAGGAGUGGAUGGUGUUGCACUGUAGGUUGCAUCCAUGCUGACUUGUGACAACUAGCAAUGUUGUCUCAGCUUCUGGUUGUGCUAAUUCACUUCCCAGCAUUUACUUGAAUGUCAGUGUUGGCAGAAGUGCUCCCAUAAUCUCCCCAAAACAGGCUGGUUCAAAUUGCAUCUCCCUCUUCACAGAUUUGAUUUUCAUAGAAUCACAGAGUCAUAGCGUUGGAAAUGACCACAAGGGUCAUCUAGUCCAACCAACUGCAAUGCAGGAAUAUUUUGUCCAACAUGGACUUGAACCCACAACCUUGAGAUUAGGAAUCUCCCAGGUAGCUUUUGGGGGGGGAAAUGGACUGUAUAAGCAUAGGUUGCCAGCGUUUGAAACUCCCAUUCUUCCAGGUAAAACAGGGAGUUUCAUUAGCGCAAGUAGUUUCUGAGCUCUGGGAGCAGUACUGCGCCUAAGAUUUCAAAUUAAAACUGCAGUGGAAGGAGUGGAGAAUCUUUUUCGGCAUCCCCACUUCUAGCUACACUCUGAAGACUGGAGAAGAGACCCUCUUAAGAAUAUUAGGGGCGUGGGCUGUGCGAUAAAUUCCCAUACCAUUGAAUACUGGUAUUAAAAUAACAUUGUGAUAAGUAUUUCAACAAGGUGUGAACAAAAGGUUGAGACUUGACAGCUUCCCAGGGGGUAGCUCAGCUGGACGGAUACUUUACAGAUACUUUGCAGGCUUUGUUUGCUCUUUCCCUCCUUCACCAGUAUGUUUCUUAUUGCUGAGAAAUAAGGAUAGAAGCCCUCAGCUGCAGCCAGUUUUAACCCAUUGCAAGCACACAAACCAAGUCUUUCAGCAGAACUUUCUGCUCUCACCCUCAAAUCUCUCAAGAACUCAGCUAAUUAUGCAGAGCCAGCUAACAAUUCAGGAGGGACCCCCCCAUGGCUAGCAAUCAGGCAAAGUAAACGUAAACAAAAAACUCAGAAAGCCUUCCUUCCUUUCUUUCUUUCUUUCUUUCUUUCUUUCUUUCUUUCUUUCUUUCUUUCUUUCCUCAGUGGAAAAAAGGAAGUGUUUUAAAACACCCCCCCUCAAUAGCUUUCUUCCAUAUUUAAAAGGAAGGAAGGUUGGUUGGUUGGUUGGUUGGUUGGUUGGUUGGUUGGUUAUUUAUUUAUUUAUUUAUUUAUUUGAGAGGGGACUUCUGUGUCAGGGGAAAUGGAGGGGAGAAGGUUUAACUGGUUACCUUCUGCUGAAAUGGGAGGUUGGGUACUGUGAGAAUGGUGUGGAGCUCUCUGAGAUUCUGCUAUUAAAGUUCAGUGAUUCUCAUGCCUUGAAGAAUUUGGGAGCAGAGCAAACACUUCAGCCACUUUCUUCCAAGAAAUGAUUAGAAUUUCCUUACUGUUCCAAUGUUGUGGAGCUGCUUUUGCUCUGGCUUCUUACCUUAAUCACCUUUAUGGCAGGAAAGCAUGUUUCUUAGUGAGUUUGCUUGACUGUACAUGGUGUAAAACUCUUUGCCUGCCUGCUCUUUCAGAAAGUGGGACUUCAAGAAGUGAAGAACUCAAACGGAAGUGUGAAGAACUUGAGGCCCAGCUGAAAGUGAAAGAGGCUGAAAACAAUGAGCUAUUAAAGGAACUGGAGCAAAAGAAUGCAAUGAUAAUGGUGCUUGAGAACACCAUCAAGGAGAGGGAAAAGAAGUAUUUAGAAGAACUGAAAAUGAAAAGCCAUAAGCUGAACAUGCUGUCGAGUGAACUGGAGCAGCGCGCCAGCACGAUUGCGUACCUCACCUCACAGCUGCACGCAACCAAGAAGAAGCUCAUGAGUUCAAGUGGGACUUCUGACAGCUCUCCAUCCGGGAGCCCAGUGCUGUCCAGCUACAAACCAGCCCCUCCCAAAGAUAAGCUCCCAGAGACUCCGCGGCGCAGAAUGAAGAAAAGCUUGUCCACCCCCCUCAACCCGGAAUUUGAAGAGGCCUACAGAUUAGGAUCGGAUAGCCGCAAACUGCUGUUACGGGAGCCUGUUGAUGCUAUGCCUGAUCCCACUCCCUUCUUACUGGCAAGGGAAACUGCCGAGAUCCACCUUAUCAAAGAGAGGCCUUUAGUCAUUCCACCGAUUCCUUCGGAACGCACCUCUGCUGAGCCACACAGCCCAGCCCGGGAGAAGCAGCACAAGGCUCACGUUGGUGUGGCACACCGAAUCCACCACGUUGCUUCACCCCAGGCGCAGCCAGAGGUUGAGACACUAGCAGUGGAUCAGGUGAAUGGGAGCAAAGUGGUCCGAAAACAUUCAGGGACAGAUAGAACUGUUUAAGCAUACUGUCUGGAGGUGACUCUCUUAUGCACUGUGAUCACAAAUAGGGUUAAUCGCAUCUGCAGUCACUCCCCCCCCCCUUCAAAUCCAUAUGCAUGCCAAACUCUUUCCAUCACUAGAAUAACCUCCUCCAAUGGAUUCCCCAAUAUGACUAUCUACUUAAUGAAACGCUGUGGCCAAACUCAGGUGUCUGCCUGACUGCUUGCUUCCAACGCUCCUUCCUUUAUUCUAAGCGCACUUGUGGGCAAAUGCCCAGGCAAACCAGUCUGCAUUAUUAAUCAAUAGUAAUGACAGAGUCUGAUAGCCUCCUAAUGAUAGCCCUGCAGCACUGUGUAUUGGCUGUUAAUGGUUAAAGCCUUCCAUGUAUGUAUCACUUCACACAGUCAUGACAAAUCCUUCUUUUGGGGGAGGGGCAGCGCUGACCACCAGUGUGAGAAGAAAAAGAACAGCUGAGUGACCCCUCCUACCUCCAUCACAUGGUCUUGAUCACAGUGUUCGUAUUUUCUGUUACGUUUUUAUCUACAGCUACUAAAAUCCCAACAAACUCUAUUUUAUUAACCCUGGCUGAUCUUGUUUUGUGUCCUUUGUUCAAUAUUUGGAAUAGUUUUCCACAAUUACAACUGGCUGUUUCCUUUUGGGGCAGGGGAAAGAAAGGGGAAACCUACAAACACAGUGUAGGUUUUAUGGUUUCUGCUUCGUAGCGAGAGUAAAGCUGUGCAUCUUUUAAACUUUGGAGAUGCAAUGUACUCCUGCAGGCCAGGCUUUUCUUCCUGCCCGUGUGCCUGCCAGAUGGAAACUUGUACAACUUGAGCAGUUUGCAUAGCUGACAUGUGGAGGAAGAGGUCCUUACCUUUUCUAUGGAAGAUUCCUCCAGUUUUGGUUGUGCACAAUCAGAAAUGCAGCUUGCUGCUUUACAGCCGUAACAAGAAAGACUCAUUUUUCAAUCUUAUGAUGACUGUAUCUUUGCUGACAGAGGAAAGCCUAUCAUUUUAGAAUUUCCACCCCCUAUUUAAGUUUAUAAAAUAAUCACAAGUUUAUUUUGUGGGGGUGGGGUUAUGAAAUUUGUUUUACAUUUUAAUCUUAAUGGUAAAAAGUCACCUCCUGGAAAGUUUAAUCAAAGCACAGAGCAGAAGCACCAGUUUCUGGUGGUUGUGUUUUUUUAGGCUACUCAGCCAGAAGCCUAAAACUAACUUCUUAAACUAUAUGGCAAAGAUGGAAAGUUACAGCUGGUAUCAGCAAAUAACAUUUUCAAAAUGUUCCACAUUUAAAAUGUGCCUUUAACUGAAAAUCUAGCCCUUACGAUACAAAUGGUGAACCUGUGACCCUCCAGAUGCUAUGGACAACAGCUUCCCUUUGGCUUCAGCCAACAUAGCCAGUGGUGGAGGAUGAUGGGAGUUAUAGUCCAGCACCAUCUAAAGAGCCACAAGUUCCCCAUCCCUGCCUUAUGCUAACCUUAUGCUAAAAGUGCUUAUUACUUCAUCUUAGGACAGCAUAGCACUACUGCUAAAUGGAGCUAGUUUCAAAAACAGGGAAAUUUUUGAAAUGACCAAUUCCUCCUCCUCUUCCAAAAUCUAUUUCUUAAACUCUGUUUCAGAUUGAUAUUUUGCACACACCCCUAGAAAAAUCUGAAAAGAAAUACAGUGGUACCUCUGCUUACGUACUUAAUUUGUUCCCGAGGUCUGUUCUUAACCUGAAACUGUUCUUAACCUGAAGCACCACUUUAGCUAAUGGGGCCUCCCGCUGCUGCCGUGCCGCUGUGGCACGAUUUCUGUUCCCAUCCUGAAGUGAAGUUCUUAAUCCGAGGUAAUAUUUCUGGGUUAGCGGAGUCUGUAACCUGACGCAUAUGUAACCCGAGGUACCAUUGUAUUUGCAAUGGGAACUCCUGCAUGUGCCACUGUCUACUCUCACCCAAUAGAUUUCCUACUGUGCCCAUGCAUCUAGAGGGCUUCAUUUCCGGAGAAAGCUGCACAUGCAUCUUAGAGCUCUGCAACUGCAGCAGCCCCUUAGUCUAUGUUCCUCACUACCAACCCUUUAUCAAAGUGCCCUGUAAUAUCUGCCAGCCCCCUUUUCCUACGCUAUAUUUGUGUUGCUUUUCUGGAAGAAUUUGACCCAUAUGUUUGCUUUUGAUAUUCCUUUUCAUGUUGGGAUUUUUCUUUUUAGUAAACAUUAAAGCUCUUCCUGGAGAAUGUUAAAGGAAGCAUAUACUUUUGACAAGAUACCACUGGUUUGGAUCCCUUACUUACCUAUAUCUCCCAGUUAUUCAUGUGCCCAAUGCUGAUGACAAGCAUCCAUUCUAAGAUGCUGAGAAAAGUACACUGUGAAAUUAAAAAUUGGGCUUAACGUUUCUUAC